AUGUCUGAGCGGCUAACCUUCCUUCUGCUCCCAGGUGCCCUGGUCCUGAUCCAGACCCAGGCUGGCCCCCACUCCCUGCGGUAUUUCUACACCAUCGUGUCCCGGCCCGGCGGGGCGCCCCAUUUCAUUGCCGUUGGUUACGUGGACGACACGCAGUUCGUGCGCUUCGACAGCGACUCGGCGAGUCCAAGAAUGGAGCCGCGGGCGCCGUGGGUGGAGCAGGAGGGACCCGAGUACUGGGAGCGGGAGACGCGGAAAGCCAAGGACAAUUUAAGGAAUUACCGAGUGAGCCUGAACAACCUGCGCGAGUACUACAACCAGAGCGAGGCGGACUCUCACACAGUCCAGCUGCUGUCCGGGUGUGAGGUGGGGUCCGACGGGCGCCUCCUGCGCGGGUACGACCAAUCCGCCUAUGACGGCGCCGACUACAUCGCCCUGAACGAGGACCUGCGCUCCUGGACGGCGGCGGCGGGCACGAAGGCUUGGAGAACCCAGCGCAAGUGGGAGGAGUCCGGAGCGGCGCUGGAAAAGAGGAACUACAUGGAAGGGGACUGCGUGAAGUGGCUCCUCAGAUACCUGGAGGUCGGGAAUGACACGCUGCUGCGCGCAGAAGCCCCCAGAAGACACAUAACUCGCCACUCCUUCUCUGACCGGGAGGUCACCCUGAGGUGCUGGGCCCUGGGCUUCUACCCUGCCGAGAUCACCCUGACCUGGCAGCGUGAUGGGGAGGACCUGACCCAGGACACAGAGCUGGUGGAGACCAGGCCUUCAGGGGAUGGAACCUUCCAGAAGUGGGCGGCUGUGGUGGUGCCUUCUGGAGAGGAGCAGAGAUACACGUGCCGUGUGCAGCACCAGGGGCUGCCGGAGCCUGUCACCCUGAGAUGGGAGCCCCCUUCUCAGCCCACCAUUCUCACUAUGGGCAUCAUUGUCGGCCUGGCUCUCCUCGGGGCGGUGGUCACUGGCGCUGUGGUGGCAGCUGUGAUCAGCAGGAGGAAGCGCUCAGGUGGGAAAGGAGGACUGUACAUUCAGGCUGCAAAUGGCGACAGUUCCCAGGGUUCUGAUGAGUCUCUCUCAAACCCUAGAGGGUCAUUUGUCUACCAGAAAAACUUUCCAGACCUCAAGGGCAUGGAUGUAAAUGCCCAGAUAUCUGAUCAGAUAACAAGGAUGAUUCAAAAUCUAAGUGAGACCCCAGAGAUGCAUCUGGAUGUGUAA